AUGCAUCGAGAGCUAGUUGCUUUGCUGUGCGCAGCCACCCUGGCAGCAGGGUCUGUCCUACCCGCAUUAGGUUAUGAGCGAAAGCUCCUUCUUGAUGCCUUGGGUAAACGUCAAACGGGUGGAAGCAGCUGUUAUUCUGGCGAUGCACCAGUGGUAGAAGCCCCAAAAACCAAUGUUUGGGCUGGAAUCAGUGCGAAGGAUAACUACGAUGUUUGGACACUGUUGCACGAUCCAGCCACAGGUCUUAACCUGACUCUACCUGAAAACGCAACUGUGACGGACAACUAUGUCUUCUGGAUCGACACUCUGCACACCAACAAGACAGAUGUACUUCCUUAUUUGGAUGGAGAUGGCCCAGCCCCUUCCAAGUAUGCCAGAGUCAUCAUCUUUGAAGGUGGAAAGGAAGAGCCAGACUCACAAGAAUACUAUGUUGGACCACUUCCAGUUUCCAAUGAGACCUCAGUUGAGAAGCUGGACUAUAUCUACAACGGAGGACGAGGUGGAAGCGUCCCCUUUAAUUCUCGUUACGCCGACGGGAUCAAAGCAGCUCCCAUCAACCCAUUGAUUGCAUCGGCCAUGGGCAAUAUCUCUGAUAUCACAGCAGCUUUGUUCAAUGGGUCAGUCUUCUACGGUGCCUCGGACAAUCGAACGACCUUGUCGACCACUGCAGGCACUCCUCUUUCAUUUGAUGGAAGCCAAGGUUUUCGAAAUAUAAUGUUCAGAAUACCAGGACGAGGAACGUACUUGACACCCAUCGACUUUUUCCUUCUUGUCGAUUGCCCAGGAACGGACCCAACGCAUUAUUCCAUAAAGGGAUACGUCACGAAUGAAAAAUUCUUUCCUGAUGAACCAUCUCUGAGGGCAGCAUUUGAAGCAGGAGAAUUGGCUCAGGAAUAUGUCCAAACCAAGGACCAGAGUUGGACAGACGUCGACUAUAAGCCCGAGCUUGGCGUCAGAGACCUCGAAGAUCGUUUUGCGCCUUCUAAUAUUGAACUUGGAGGCAAGCGGUACAAGGUCGACUCAGAGGCUCAGUAUAUUGAGUACAUGGGUUUCUCGUUCUACGUUGCGUUUUCAAGGACUUUGGGGAUCAUGUUCUACGAUAUCAAGUUCAAGGGUGAUAGAAUCAUUUACGAGCUAUCCCUACAAGAAGCUCUUGCUCAAUACGCCGGAAACCAGCCCAAAGCAGCAAACACCGUCUACCAUGACACGUACUACUCGCUAGGAACGGACCUUGCAACUCUGGUUGAGGGCUAUGACUGUCCAUUUGGCUCCACAUUCUGGAAUGUCACCUAUCACGAGGAAGAUCACACAGUCACCAAUCAAGACGCCAUCUGUAUCUUUGAACAAGACUCGGGGUUCCCGCUGUCCAGACAUCGAUAUGGCAGUGGAGCGGGCGACUACCCCUUCACUCAACUGGGUGUCGUUAAGGGCGCGGCGCUCGCUGUUCGUACCAUCGCAACAGUUGGUAAUUACGAUUACAUGUUCAGCUACCUGUUCCACCAGGACGGGUCAAUCGAGGUGGAGGUGCGAGCAAGUGGAUUCUUACAAUCCAGUUUCUACUAUCCGGAUCAAGCCAGAUAUGGACCUAGAAUAGCGCCCGCCACGCAAGGAUCUCUCCACGACCACAUUCUGACCUACAAGGCCGAUUUUGAUGUCUUGGGCACUGCCAACUCAUUCCAGAUCAGCGACUUGGUGGUGGUGAACCAAACCCAAGCGUGGUUCCCUGAACUCGGUGAAUUCGAACAGAUGGAGAUGAACAUCAGCUACCUCGAAAAGGAAGCUGCCUUCAACUGGGCCGCCAACAACCAAGCCAUGUUCUGCGUCGUCAACCAGAACGAAACCAACGCCUGGGGCGAACAGCGCGGCUACCGCAUCGUUCCUGGCCGCUCGAACAUCCACCUGUCGGUGCAGAAUUCUCCUUUCUCGCUCAAGAACAGCGAAAUGGCAAAGACUCACCUGGCCGUGACGCGCCAGCACGACAAUGAACCAUAUGCAAAUUCAGUGCAGAAUAUCAACUUGCCCUUAGCGCCCCAACAAGACUUCUCAAAAUUCUUCGACGACGAAUCCGUCGAGCAGGAGGAUCUCGUGGUCUGGUUCAAUCUGGGCAUGCACCAUUUCGUUCGUGCAGAGGAUAUCCCCGUUACACUGUACACCGAGGCUGCAUCUAGUAUCGUCUUCGCGCCGCAGAAUUUCAACGACCGCGCGCAGGAUGGCGAUCUCUUGAAUCGUCGCUGGAUCAAGUACAAUGCCACUUCCGACGCAAUUACCUUUGAUGCAUACGGUGUUGAGCUGCCGAAUUGCCCCAUUGAUAUCUCCGAGCCGGUCGAUGGGAUCUCGCCUACCGUUGAGUUGUUCCAGGAGGGUUAG